ACGGACCUGGUUGUUAGGGUGGGAGCGAACAAAAACCUACCUAGCAGGCUUCCUAUUCACCUGCCUGCCUACCUGUUAACCAAAAAUAAUAGAGUUAACUGGCCGCCUGGAGUUACCUCAGCUCUUCCAGUUCAGCAGGAGCAGCCUUCCCCUUACAGGAGCACCAAACGAGUGAGAGAGCGUGCGAGAGUUUAGCAGCAGCAUCGGCUAACGGCUGUUGGUUGAAUGGCUGGAUGGGUCCAUUGUUUGCCCACAGAUCAUUCGCUCAUAACGUCGUGUAUCUCUUCUGACUACAGAAAUUGUGUCUGCGUCGACCAAAUGCAAGUGUGCGGUCAGAAUACUAUCUGCGAGUGCUUCUACCGUCGCUGGUAUUGGCUGCAAGUGCCUCUUUACUCAGCGAUAGUUUGUUAGCCGCUCAGCAGUACAAAACGAUACGACCGUUUCACUGUUUCGAUUGUAAUAUUAUGACUGUGAAUUUUCACGUAGAUGAUCAGCGUUGGUUUGGUGAAAUUGUAACUGUAGUAUUACCACAACUACGUUGUGCGGCUAAUUUAUUUACAUCUGAGCCUAUUUUACCACAACGGAAGGACAGUGCUUCCUGCCGAAUCGAGAUCUUGUCACGGACGUAAGCCAGCAGACGGCGUCGUCGGGAUGACACAGCACUUUGUGUCGAUGCAUUCCGCUGGAUACAAUGAACUCGAGGAGUCCCGACUCACCAAGUACAAUCGAGAGGUACCAUCGGUUUUAGCGCCGCCAACAUCUUUUGGCCACCAGCCUAGCAGUACCACGGAGAACUCCGUACCACGGGUUGAAAAUCGACCCGACUUCAAGGUAGUGUACGUCAAUGGAGGGGAUGACGUGCUCAUUAACAAUGAUGAAGCUACUAACGAUGAGGCUUCACCUCGUGGAACCAUGUUCACCGCGUUCUUCUUUUUUCUCAGUGCGCUGUUCGCGAGGAUUUUCCGUGGCAUCAACCGAUGUCGACCAAUUAGCGCUCCAGCGAGACCGCAAGAAGCUUCAUUCAGCGCUGUCGAAGUUGAGCGCAUCGAAGAAGAACUUCGGAAAGCACCCAAGAAGGUGCAAAAAUCUGAUGCACCAGUGUACUAGCUAGAUAUAUGAGUGAGAAAACGAGAAUUCAAUGAGCUCGCAGCAAAUAUGGACCAUCGAAUUAGAGUGCCUAGUAUAUUGAUAUGGGUUAUGUUAGAAUGGUGUUUGCUGUAUUAAUGAAGUUGCAGUUUAAGGGCGGAAAAAUAGUCCUCGUAAGCAUUCUUCGGCUUCUUGUAAACGUAAUACAUAGAAUAUAAAGCAGACUUCUCCAUUGUGGUAGCCAAUAUCAUUCAUGAAGCAAGUGUCUAUUCUUGUUGUACUUCUGUUGCUACAGUGAUCUAGAUGGUGUUACCCAAAUAACGAAUAUUGUCGAAUGCACUUUUCAAAAAAAGCUAAAGCGUCAGUCGAUUGAAACCACAAAUGCUGCUUGCCACCUAUUUUUCCGACAUUUUCGAGCAUAGUGUGAUCCUUAUUGCGUUUACUAUAGCGACCUGAACAACAGCAAUACAUCGAUGUUCUCGAUCCCGAAUAAUAGGGUUUCAAACGAAAGCAAUGCUUAGCUAAACCUAUGACGGCCUUUUUGUGCGUGUACGUUUGAAAACGAAAAAAAGAAAGAAAGUGAGAGAAAGGCGAAUGACUAUUAUUGGCUUCAGCUCAGUGUACAUAGCUAAAAUAAAAAUAUAAAAAGCUGAAACUCAAAAAAGCGGCGACGAUGACGACCGCAUGUAAAAGUGCGUCUAAUAUCAUGAUAGGCAAUCGAGACUGACGGCAAUUCUAGUCAGAAUUGAAUCGACGAGGCUCGCCAAUAAUUAUUGCUAGGCGUCAGCAGGAUAUACAUGCCGCUUCAUCGGAUAGUCGUCUACCCACCUCAUUGCCCGCGACUACUAAAGCAUUCAACUAACAGUAUUCGUACCAACUAUGGCUGAUCGAAGUGUAAUGCCGGCAUCGAGGGAACCGGUACGAACAAAUAGUACUGAUUGGUGGACUGGUAGAUAUAACGACAACCAUUUGAACGAAGAAAGUAACAAUUAACUUCUAUUGACGUUAUGGGAAAUGCUGAUAAUUUUAUACCCGAAUGAUCAUUGGAAACACAUAUGGGUGUGUGUUUGUGCGUGUUAUACUAGACAAAUAGCCAUACAAGCAGUAUUGUGUGUAAAACAACGUUUAAGUAAAUGCAUUCACCACAACUAUCACUAGCGACUUGUCAUUUCCUGCGGGAUAAUAUAAUACGAAGAUAUAAAAUUUGAGUUGGUUUUAAUAGUAAAUGCUUGUUGUGCUUAUGCCAACGAAAACUUAUGAUAACCCUUAGCAGUUGUCUGCUACAUAUUUUUGAAGCAUUAAUUAGUGCAACGAAUUAUAAUGAAGAGCUUUUUUUAAAAGUUCUAAUCCUCUAGCAAUCAUUGGAACAAGUUUAUUAACCUAAAAAAAAUUGACAGCAACCAAAUCUCGGAAAAUAAAAGAAGAAAGGUUCAACAAUUUACUCGGUAAUUUAUCCAGAUAUAACAACAAUGGCGUCUCCCGUUUAUAAAUAAAGAUCUGUGAUUGGCAACUGGUGGAAUCACCAAAAUAGGUCUUUUCGAAUGUUAACCUAUCAAUACCAGCAGCAAAUAAAAGACUCCUAUAUAACAUAGUAAAGAAAACAUUUGUCUUCAGCGGGAAGGUCUUUUUGCGAGAAGCUCCUUUCCAGCAACUCUUCAGAGGAUGUCUAAGGAACUCUCAAAAGUAUAGCCGAAUCAGAGCUACGACCUAGGAUAAUACGGGCAGAUAAUAAAAGAAAGACUUUUUUGGGGUUCUUAACAACUCCCGUGCUCAUUUGCCUUGUACAAUAGGCAUAGUUUGUACUCAAUGCAGAGGAACAUCAAAUAGCAUCAGACUGUUUGAAUAGAAAGCACCAAUAUGUUCACCGUUAUUCCUCCCAUGGAUAUUUUAUCUGUAAGCUCAGUUUAUCAAUUGACCAUUGUGCCUCAAUCUGCAAUUGGAUAGAUUUGCAAUGAAUCAUCAGGGCUCUGUGUAAAUACCACGAUACCAUUGGGAAAUACUUUUGGCAACGCUUUUACAUUUCAUAUCCCACCCAUUGAGAGGUCAUAAUAGUUAUAACAUAUUCAAAGUAUAUUUAUUUAAAAAAGGAAUGAAGAUCCACCUUUAUAGCACCAACGUGGUUUACUCAUUCCCUUAAACAAUCGCCAGUACAGCACUAAUUAAAAUUUCAUAGCAAAAAUAUAAAUACUCUGUUACGAAAUUAAUACACAGCAAGAAAAAUUGGUUAGUAGAUUUACUGAAACCUAUACUGCAAUAUGGCGCGGCUAUUGGUGCUACGGUGUUUUUCAGAUCUGGACUAAAGCAACGAUACUUUGGCGGGCCAUAGAACACAACAAAACUACAAAGCGUGGUUCAUCGGAACAACAAACGAACGUAGAAUCAGCUACUUUAACUGUCAAAUCACUUUUUCCAUUUUUUCAAACAGAAAAGUCUAUCGAAUCAAAUCAUUGUGGUACAUGUAAGGCUUAGCAAAUUUAAUCAGAGAUUUAUAAGGGUGCCUUAAAAAUACCCUGUAUUUUCCAAAAUCUAAAAAGUAAACAUUUUCAUGUCCCGUAUGUUGCCAAAAAUAAAUAUGAUUUGGUUAUAUAACAAAAUUAUUUACUUGAAAAUAAAAUGUGAGACCAACCCACCCGCUAGAUUGCUUUGAUUUUGCGAAUACUGAGGAUAGAAUAAAAGUCAAUCUCACAAAUUGAGGUUUCUAUUGAUUUCUUCCUGUUAUUUGAUGAAGCAAACAAAAUACGUUCAGUAGGCGUAAAUCACACUAAAAGGAUACCUAAAAAGAAAAAUGUGUGCUUUUAUAUAAGUUACUUGCUUUUGUGGAAAAUUAUCUCGAACGCCAUACAUUAAUUUAUAGGUCUCUCUUCCAUAGUACGUUUGUUCUUACGUACCCGCGAUACUGAGGCUUAUAUGUUCGAAUAAAAUCUAUUUGUGUUGAACGUGUUGCUCACCAGUGCUACUCGUAUAACACGCCUCAGGGCUCACUGACAUGUCUCGGUAAAUAUAAAAAUAUCAAAGCACUAACGCCACUGUAUAAUGUAAAUAAGCCAAAAUCUCAUCCAUACUCAUAUUUGUAAGUUUGCCUUUAGUAAGAACCACUGAAAAUAUUUUGUACCCAUCAAAGCCAUUCCGGUCCUAAAAAGACCCGCGAAAUUUAAAAUAAAAAGACCCGUCAAAAACGAAUUAACGAAGCAUAUAUAUACUCUUCAAGAAUUAGUGCAUUACAAUCGCACAAAAUCACUCUA